CUUUUUUAUAUGUAGAAAUGUUGUAAAUUCAUAGGAACUUUUACAUAAUGCUUUUCAGUGUUUUCUGUUCUUGUUUUGUUUGCCACUUUUCUGUUCUCAUUUUGUUUAAUUUGGAGGAUGUAUUACAAACAAAACAGGGAAACAGGGGUCUAAAAUAUAUUUCAUUACUUUGCUUAGAGGUUUUUUAACCUCUUAAGACCUCAGCUUUGGUUUGACUUGCAUUUUAGAUUCCUUUCAGCUAUUUGGGGUUAGGAAGAACCAAUAGAUAUAAUAACCCAAUUUUUUUUUGAACAUGAAGCAGUGUAAGUGUCCACGUUUGUGUAGGUUACAGUUACACAGAAUUAAGUAUUAUGGUGCAAACAACAAAAAAUGUGAUGUCCACGUAUUAGGAGGUUAAAGACAGAAGAGGAGAUAAAAAAUGAAACGUUCUCCUGUAUACGGAUUCCUAACCUAAAUUAUAACUGUAAAAGUAAUACAGGACUAACAUUAAGUUGGUGGUGUAAAUGGGAGGUGUCAUGAAGAUGCUGCUUAGCUUUCACACACUCAAAUGACUCAUAGAGGAAAAGACUUCAGACAUUAGUGGGCAGAAGCACGUUAACAAACCCAUCAGUAUCAAAGGUGAAAUGAAUCGCUGCACAUCAUCUCAUUGAUAUCAGCUCAAACCUGCUUCAUUUGCAAGAUUAACACACCUGAAUACUUGCCUGAAUAAAUUAGGUAAAAGUUUGAUUUAUCAUAAAGGGGAAACAAAAGGCUCAGCAACAGGAAAUGAAAAUCAAAGGUCCUCUGGCAGUUUUGUUCCUUUUGCUGUUAGCCAUGGUCAGUGCUACAGAUGAGAUUGGCUCAUGCUAUGGAAUAAGCAUUGGCACUAUAGCAGGCAUUGUUUUUGGUGAUGUUGCCCUGACAGUCCUUGUUGUUACUACAACAUACUGGUAUGCCAGCAAACGCAGACAAAAGAAAGAGAAUGCUGAUGAAGUUUACAUGAAUGUCAGAGCAAACUGCAAAUCAUGAGGAUCUUCAGAAAACUGACAUCAACAAUGAGACUUAUUCCGAAAUAUGAAAUGACAUGAAGUAUGUUUAUAGCCUAUCACUGUUGCCAUGUAAAUACAACAAGAUCGCCUUGUUAUGCGAUGUUUAAGCCAUGUAAAUAUAGCCUGAAAACUUUUCAAUGAGUAAUAACAGUGUAAGAAAUGAGUAAUGUCUUACCAGUAAUACAGUAAAAGAAAAAGUGUGCCAUCUUGUGGGUUUUUUUCAGUAAACUCAGGUUUACUAUCUUUAUACCCUUCCUAUAGAAGUGUAUGUUUUGUGCUUAUAAGAAGCUUUUGUUUUUCCAUGAUUUUGUUAAAUAAAGAAUGUAAUGCAUUGUUUUUAUACAGAUAUCAAUAUAAGAUAUAUAAUAUACUUAUGGAGAUGUUUCAAACAAGAUUCAGUGUGUGUUUGGAAAAGGUUUAUAUAAAGAAGUCUAUAAUUUGAAUCUUUGGUGACUCUUUCUCAUAGCACAAGCCAUCAUUUAUAGCUUAAUAUGUGCAAGAAUUGGGUUUGGCAAUACUUUAAUUGAAUGCACUAUGUGUUUGUUGUGAAUGUGUAUAUGCAGUUUUACAAUUGUGUUAUCUAAUAAUCUUGGACUUUUGCAAUCAUCUGAUAACUGACCACAAAGCAAGGCAUAUGCCUCAUCUUGUGUAGUUGCUCAUUGUAUUAAAACAUAGCUUUUGUCUUA